AUUAUAUAUAUAUUAUUUUUAAUAAUAGUAGAUGAACGGAUUAAUUAUUCCGAUAUAAUUUUUGUUAGUUUAAUGGUCUAAAUAUAAACAUUAAAUUUACUCCAGGUCUAAUAAUGACUUAAGAAGGUAUAGUCAGCCUUACAUAACUUUAUUAGCUAAUGCCGAACAAAUGUGGAAAUCAAUCCGGUUUGAACUUCUUAAUAAAAAUUUGCCCAUAGUUAGCACCGACAGAAAAAGGCGGAUCUCAAAAUAAAUUUAAUGAAGAAGGUGGAAGAACACACCGAAAAUUUCCCCAUACUUCACGAGGUUCGAGCUGGAUGAAAAUUCAUCUUUUUAAUAACACUCCACUUCACUCCACUUUUUUCAUAUAAAUACACGUAUUUGUCAUUCGACUUUUUUAAUUUUAUAUAAUUUUAUUAAGUUGAUUUGUUUUAAGUCAUCGUAGUAUUUUAUUUUAUAUAAUAUCUUUAAAAUGGUUGCUAAUCCUUCCCUUGUCCUUAAUAAAAUUGACGAUAUUAGUUUCGAAACUUAUGAAGCUCCAGAAAUUACAGAAUCAACAGAUGUAAUCGUUGAAGUUAAAAAAACAGGUAUUUGUGGUUCUGAUAUUCAUUAUUAUGCCCAUGGUAAAAUUGGACAUUUUGUCUUAACUAAACCAAUGGUUUUAGGUCAUGAAUCUUCCGGUAUAGUUACUCAAGUAGGUAAAGGUGUAACUUCCCUCAAAGUUGGUGAUAAAGUUGCCAUUGAACCUGGUAUUCCAUCAAGAUUUAGUGAUGCUUAUAAAUCUGGUCAUUAUAACUUAUGUCCUCACAUGAGUUUUGCUGCCACUCCAAAUUCAACUGAAGGUGAACCAAAUCCUCCAGGUACCUUAUGUAAAUAUUUUAAAUCUCCAGAAGAUUUCUUAGUUAAAUUACCAGAUCACGUUUCAUUAGAAUUAGGUGCAAUGGUAGAACCAUUAACUGUUGGUGUUCAUGCUUCUAGAUUAGGUUCCGUUAAAUUUGGUGAUAUCGUAGCUGUUUUCGGUGCUGGUCCAGUUGGUCUUUUAACUGCUGCUGUUGCUAAGUCUUUCGGUGCUGCUGCCGUUAUUGUCAUUGAUAUUUUCGACAACAAAUUACAAAUGGCUAAAGAUAUUGGUGCUGCUACUCAUACUUUCAACUCAAAGACUGGGGGUGAUUACAAGGCUUUGAUUGCUGCUUUCGAUGGACAAGAACCAAAUGUUGUUUUGGAAUGUACUGGUGCUGAACCAUGUAUUAAUACUGGUGUUAAUAUCUUGGCUCAAGGAGGUAGAUUUGUUCAAGUUGGUAAUGCUCCUGGUCCAGUUAAAUUUCCAAUUACAGAAUUUGCUACUAAAGAAUUAACCUUAUUUGGAUCUUUCAGAUAUGGUUAUGGUGAUUAUAAAACUGCUGUAUCCAUCUUAGAUGCAAACUAUAAAAACGGUAAAGAUAAAGCUCCAAUUGAUUUUGAAGCUUUAAUCACUCACAGAUUUGAUUUCAAAGAUGCCAUUAAAGCUUAUGAUUUGGUAAGAGCAGGUAGUGGUGCUGUUAAAUGUAUUAUUUCUGGUCCAGAAUAAUCUCAAAAUACCAAUUUCCUUUAUAUAUAACAUAUCAUUAUUUACAUAAUCUUAUAGACUUA